GUCGCCAAGAUUGAAACGCGCUAGUCACACUUUACUCAAGUAGGCAAGAGGCGCGAAACCGCGGCUUAAGUCCACCAAAGGGAGCAUUUCACGUGCGCGCUCGCGACCAAUAUAAUUCAACGGGAAACAUCUUCUUACCUCCAGACGUUGGUUGGUUAUACAUAUUCAAUUAUUUUUGAUUGAAAUUGAUUAAUGGGUUGCGCGAUUUGGUCUUCGUUUUCACGUCGCGAAUUUGUCGCUUAGUGGAUGAAUAGGGUACUGAAUCAUCGUUGCUAUUUUUUGUUCAAAUCGGUACCAUCGAAAGUGUUUUGGAAAGCGGGGAAGAUAACGCGGUAUACGAACGCAAUCAUCGGAAUUUCGAAUCUCUAAUCUUUUGCAAACUUGCAAUUGAGAUCCGCGUGCACCUGCGGAUGAUGCAGCAAACUGAAACCUGACCACAGUCGCAGACACGCAGACCAGUUGGAAACGCCACAACUGGAAUUAAUCUGAUCGCGUAUUCAAAGUGCAUCAUUAUUCAAGAGUUGUUGGGAUCUCGAAAUCGUCGCCGUCGUCGUGAAUGCCGAGACUGCUACAGUGGGGGACGCCGGGCGCACAGUUCAGAGUGGAAUGUUAUAUAAACCGGCGAAGCAGCAACGUGAACUAAUAAAACAAGAUAGUAUCGCACAGAAAGACUUUUGGGGACACCAAGUAGUCGGCAGCAGCGUGGAAGGGCGGCUAGUGACGAAUUAAAAUCAUAACACGCAGAAAACAAGCGGAGAACGGAGAGCUGAAAAUAAUAAUAUUUAAGCAGCGUCGGUGGCAGUCAGCAUUAGGAAAGUUUGUCGCGAAGGUGAAAAUGGAAACCACAAACUCUCGAUCAGCGGAUGGAAAUGGAAUGAGGAGUUGAAAGUGAUUGCAAAAUGCGCAAUGUUUAGUUAGACUUAUUGAGGGCAAACGCUCAACCGGCUUCCAGCAACGCCAACGGCACGACGAGCAUCAACCAUCGCGGACAGUUUUUCCCAUAGCACUCUAGCGGUACCGGCCACAAAACCACGCGUGCAUUAAUCAGCAAGACUCGACGUCACACCAAUAGCGGCAGAAACGAAUGUUGGGGAUCCCGCGCAAAAAAAAACACAGUUUCAGUAUACCGUUGUUGCUUAACUGUGGGUACAAUGUAGCGGCCUGAUCAGCAAGAGUUCAGUAAAAAUUACCUUCUUCAGUGCCGGCCAAUCACUUCAGAUGUAGGGGCAGGCUACAAUCAGAAAGAAACAAUCUUCGGUGUCCGAUCACCUUGGUGGGAGAACCAAGCACCAAAGUAAGACCCGGCGUUUCGCUUAUUUAUUACCGUCGCUCGUCCACUGCUAGAUAGCAGCUCACAGUGCGAAUCUCAGUUGGCUGAGGGCUUCACCUAAAAAGGGAAUGACCGCAACGCUUGCCGCUCUUGGUUGCCGCAACGCUGACAGCAGUAGCAGACAACCAGACUACUACGUUGGAUCGAGCGGAAUUCCGCGACUUGUGGGAGGAAGAGCAGUCAAAGCGGUUGAACCUUGCAAGCCGACGACACAAUCGGGUGCCGUUGACCAGCAUCGUAAAAAGAUGAAUCAAUGUGGUGCUAGUGGUGGCAUUUCGUUGGGAACGGAUCCAGUGAAGUUGAACAAAUGUUUACACAACCUAACGGUGCGCAAUGGAAACGGAAGCAGUAGAAUCGAAACUGGUGUAGUGAUAAGAAGUCAAUUUAGUCAUAAAUCAAAAUAUUCGUCCACUAGACGUAGUGUUAAUGAUAGCAAUAGUAAUCAAACGGGUGCGGUAUCGUCCGCGUCGUCUUCAUAUUCCACGCCUUCAACAUCGACCGUGUUAGCAAUGGGAUUAGGCGGUAGCCGACGCAGUUCCGCAACAUCAUCCCGUUGUUCAUCGUCGGAUCCUAGGAGCCUUCCGAAUCGGACUCCCCCCAGCAGGAAUGAUCAUAAAUCGAGUUCAGUUAAUGGUGGCAGCAUAGGUGAUAGAACUAAUGGUAUUAGCAGUAGGAGGUCGCACUCAACGCUACUUAACGAUAGACAACGCAGGAAUGCGCCUCCAGUGAGCGAUAGCAAUCGUUUUGAUGACGGAGAAUGCCUGAUGAGACAGUGUAGAUUUACGGUAGCAGUGCGGAGGCCACCACCCACAUCAGCCUCGACCGACAAUCGGCUCAACUAUCAACGAAAGUACGACCGCUCCAUCUUCGGCUACAAUCGAUUGGACCAGAUCGUUUUGCCUCCGUUGCAAAUUUAAGCUCAUCACUCACCGCCCCCGCACAAUAAAAUUUAAAAAAAGACUUGAUAUCUCGAUAGGAUACCGCUACUACCUAUAUAAACAAAAA